AGGGAUGCAUUGACUUGGGACCAGAUGGUUACUAUAGUCAAGGACAAGUAUUACCCAGAGGCUCACCGUGCCCAGAUGCUGAAGGACUUCUGGGAGCUCAAGCAGGGACCCCGUCCCGUGGAUGUCUACGAGCGCGACUUCACUCGUAUGUGCGCAUUUGCCCCGAUGCUCGUGGAUACCGACCAGAAGAAGGCCUUUCGUUUCUGUGAUGGUUUUCGCCCCGACCUUUGUUACACCCUGAUUGGCCACGGAGCUCUGCCUUACUCCGAGAUGGUUCGUCGAGAUACCGAGUUGGAGGUUUGCCAGAAUGCCCAGAGGGCGACUGCCCCAUCCUAUCAGCAGACCCCUAUGAUUCAGCCUAUCUCAGCUGUUGCGCCCGGUUCUAAUUCGGGCAAGAGGAAGGCCGACUACCAUCAGAACAAGAAGAAAGGAAAGAAAGGGAACUUCCGGAGGCGUGACGACCGACCCCCUCAGGGAAAACUUCCGAGGUGCCCUACCUGCGGCAAGUUCCAUGGGCCAGGAGAGUGUCGAGCAGCUGACAGACACUGUUUCAAUUGCCACCGUGCCCGCGUGUAUACCAUCACUCCUGAUGAGGCAGCCAACAACGCAGGUACUAUCUCCGGAAUGCUUUCGAUAUCCAACGUGCCUGUCUUUGCAUUGUGUGAUACUGGUGCUACCCAUUCUUUUAUUUCUUCACGUUGCUUGGAGGCCUUUUCUACUAGCACUGUGAAUUCUUAUGACCCUCUCGAGGUUAGUCUAGCCUCGGGAAAGAUUAUUAUUUCCGAUUCUAUGAUUCCCAGUCUUCCAGUUAGUAUUGGUGGGCAUAUUUUGGAGGCCAGUGUUUAUGUGAUUGAAAUGCGGGACUUCGAUGUGAUCUUGGGCAUGGACUGGCUCACCCGCUAUCGAGCUGACAUCCGGUGCCAGGAGCGCGAAGUCACUCUCUUUCCCAUUUCUGAUCAGCUGGUUAGCCUUUCCAAGGGUAACUGCCAAGGCUAUCUUGUUUCUAUGGUGUUCGAGGAUGAUUCCGAGCGUACUCCGGAGCGAGUUUCUAUUGUUUGUGAAUUCCUUGAUGUUUUUCCCGAUGAGAUUCCCGGAGGACCACCCGACCGCCAAGUGGAGUUCACAAUUGACUUAGUACCGGGAGCUGGCCCCGUGUCUAAGGCCCCUUACUGUAUGGCACCCAAGGAGCUUCAAGAGCUUAAGGCCCAGUUCCAGGAAUUGCUCAAACUCGGUUUUAUUCGACCGAGUGUUUCGCCGUGGGGUGCACCCGUCCUAUUCGUGAAGAAGAAAGACAGAUCCAUGCGUAUGUGUAUUGACUACCGGGAGCUGAAUACCCUUACAGUCAAGAACAAGUACCCCCUUCCUCGUAUUGAGGAUCUCUUCGACCAACUGAGAGGAGCCAUCGUCUUCUCAAAGAUGGAUUUGCGGUCUGGCUAUCAUCAGCUGAAGAUCCGGGAGUCGAAUAUUUCUAAAAUUGCUUUCCGUACCCGCUAUGGCCACUAUGAGUUCGUUGUUAUGCCGUUCGGACUCAGCAAUGCCCCAGCAGUUUUCAUGGACCUUAUGAACCGGGUCUUUCAUCCUUAUCUGGACCAGUUUGUCAUUGUGUUCAUCGACGACAUCCUGGUUUAUUCCCGAGACAUUGACCAGCACAAGGAGCAUCUGAGGAUUGUGCUGGAAACCCUUCGCCGCGAGAAGUUGUAUGCAAAAUUUUCGAAAUGCGAGUUCUGGUUAGACCGUGUGGCGUUCCUUGGCCACAUUGUGACGGCGAGAGGCAUUGAGGUGGAUCCCAACAAGAUCGAGGUGGUGAGCAAGUGGGAUACGCCAAGAAGUGCCGCUGAUGUUCGUAGUUUCCUGGGGUUAGCAGGAUACUACAGGAGGUUUAUCGAGGGCUUCUCGAAGAUAGCCCAUCUACAAACCAACCUUACGAAGAAGGCCGUGAGGUUUGAUUGGAGUCAGAAAUGCGAGGAGAGUUUCCAGAAGUUGAAGAGGAGACUCACUACCGCGCCCGUCCUAUCCAUACCCGACCCUACUUUGGAGUUCACGAUCUAUAGUGAUGCUUCGAAGAUGGGCUUGGGUUGUGUUCUCAUGCAGCAAGGGAGAGUCGUAGCCUAUGCUUCGAGGCAGCUGAAGCCUCACGAGCAGAACUACCCCACUCAUGAUCUGGAGUUAGCUGCAGUUGUCCAUGCCUUGAAGAUUUGGCGGCACUACCUCUAUGGAGGGAAGUGUGAGAUCUUUACCGACCACAAGAGCCUGAAGUACAUUUUCACUCAGAAGGAGCUGAACAUGAGGCAGCGUAGGUGGUUGGAGCUGGUCAAGGACUACGACUGCACCAUUAGCUAUCACCCUGGGAAAGCUAACAUGGUAGCCGAUGCCCUUAGUCGGAGGA